UUUGACGAAGGACAACCUUUGAGGUCUGUUUGCAGUGCAUGCUGGGUAAGUGUCUCUGAGCAGUGGGCUUGUGCAACUGGUUGGAUGAGGUUUGGUGACUAACUGAAUUCGCUACAGCAGAGAGGAGCACACUGCAGAGCUGAUGGCAGCAGCAGCAUCCAACCCUCUGACUACUCACGUGCUGAACACUGGAGAUGGCAUCCCCGCAGCCAAGAUGGCGGUCAGCCUGCAUCGCCUAGACUCCGAGCUGAUGAUUUGGAACAUGCUGAGUGUCGGGACAACAAAUGAAGAUGGCCGCUGCCCAGGACUCAUCAGCGCUGAAGCUUUCAUCUCCGGCAUGUACAAGCUGCGCUUUGAGACUGGUUCAUACUGGGAGGGUCUUGGUCAGACCUCCUUCUAUCCGUAUGUAGAGGUUGUGUUCACCAUCACUGAUCCGCAGCAGAGGUUCCACAUCCCAUUAUUGAUGAGUCGGUUCUCCUACAGCACCUACAGAGGAAGCUGAAAGGGAACAGUUCACUUUAGAUUUUUUCUCUCUCAAGUGCAAAAUACUGUACAACAGCAGACAGAACAAGGUCAUGGCCAUGAAGCAUAUCUCACACAUAAAUACAAAGAAACAAGUAAAUAAAUUAGAGUUAUACAUUUGGUAGGCUACACUUUACCAACAAGGCCCAUGUUUACACACAGCCUAUGUUACAGUUGACGGCUUUUCUAUUCCCUGAGAUAUGUUUUUAAUUUCAUUGAUCAGAGUAGAACUCAUCUUUAUUAUUUUUGUUGUAGUAAGGAAAUCAAACGACACAUUGUCCCUCUUCAGUGACAGAUUGUUCUCCAAAACUCCUAGAGCACUGGUAGCUCCAAAGCAGAGCUCAGAGGACAAGCGGCUGCAGCUUCAACACCUUGACCCAGCCAUGGACAUAGAUGGAAGGUCACAUCUAUUUAUUCAUUCCUUAUUUAUAAUAAAGGUUUCAUUGAGUAAAAAAAUGUGAAGCAUCUGCCAUAGUUGAAAACAUUACCUGACUUAAUUGUCCUACUUUAGAUGUAUUAUUCUAAUAAGACAUAGAUAAUGGUCCAACGUAAAUUACAGUGACACAUCAAUAUUGCAGUCUAAAAGCAUGGCACUGAAAAUACAAAUUAUCACUAAAAUGGUAAUUUAUAUGGGGAGAACUUCAAUAUUUCAAGGUAAUGACAAAUAUAUUGUUGGCUCUUUACUCCACACGGCUGUGUAAUUUUAUCCCAGUGUGCCUAGAUGACCAAUUGACAUACAAGUUAUAGAGAGGUUUGAUGAUGGAUAUAGAAAAUGCCAAAUUAUAGAUCAAUUAUACCAUUGGUCUGUGAAUUACGGCAGUUCCCUUGUUUUCUUUGAUAUUAAAAAUCAUGUAUUUUGGACUGUUGGUCAAACAACUACCCAUGAAUGCUAACAUGGGCUUCAGGAAAUGUAUCAAGGCAAUUUUCACUGUUUUCUGACCUUCUGGCUUCUGUUCUUUCAGGCUCUGAACAAUUAAUCAAUUAAUAGAGGUUGCAUCAUUAACAGUUCUCCUGUGAUGGAAUAGUAUGGCCCUGCACAAUAAUUCUGAUAAUUGUUUCACACACAGAACUAUUGGAAGAGGUUUCUUAAAAUACAACUUUUAAAACAAAGUAGCAAAAUAUAAAAUGAGAUGUUUAGUCCUGUUUUAAUGUGACUGUGUGUGUGAUUUCACACAUAAAAACAAGAUGGACGAUGGAGAACCUCUUGCAGAUGAAUAUAGAGUAUUUCAGUGGUGCAAGUUUCCAAUUACUUUUAAACAUGUAAUGAUAAUAGUGUUACCACGUGCUUUUGUAACAGCUACAUGUAAGCGCAUUGGAAAACGUCUCUGUCUCAGCCAAUCAUAGUGAAGGUGUAGUGUGGCUGAGACACGGUGUGAGCCCAUCUCAUACCUGACUGUAAUAAAGUCAGAUUUAAAUAAAAUACAUGGAUUUAAGUACAGCAUGUUAGAUAGGUAUAUUAUCUAGUGGUAAAAUUGUAUUUUGUGAUUCAAAAUAAAUUUUCAAUUGGUACAAAA